AUGGACCAACAACAAGCGGCACAGGUCCUCCAGUCGCUCCAGGAACUACAGACCGAGGUCAAUCGACUAAGAGGCCGAGAAGCUGAACUGACAGCACAGGUCGCUUCUUUUGGUGCCGGUUCGGCUGCUUCAGCUGGACCUGGCAGUGCACUGGCACAGUUGGUGCAGUCACAAAAGGAGCUUGUGGACGCCCUUAGAUCGAAAGAACAAGUCCGGUUGGUCGACAACAAGGGCCUUGGCAAGCCCGACAAGUUUGAUGGGACAGCCGAAAGAUUCUUGUCAUGGAAAAUCAAGACGUCCUCCUAUCUUGCAAGUGUUCGCAAAGACCUUCGUGAGAUUCUGGUUUGGGCCGAAGAUUGCGAUCAUGCAAUCACUGCAGAUGACAUCGACAAGGCUUUUGGGAGUCAAGCAGAUGCCAUUGACCAGGUGUCGAACAUCAGUGAAUUGAGACGCGAGCUUUGGGACGCGCUGCUAAUGCUGACAGAGCGUGAGCCCUUUGACAUCGUGCUGAACACCGGGGAAUGCGGCAUCGAAAGCUGGAGAAAGCUCACGCGGAGGUACGACCCAUCCACUGGUGGUCGCAAACGCGCUCUCCUCAAUGCAAUCUUGUCACCGGCUCGAUCCAAGAUGGAAGAUUUGCCGUCCAACCUGGAGAAGCUUCUUGACAGCAUCAGACUUUAUGAACGUCGCAAAGACGCAUCUGGCAACCGAACGAUGUUGGCAGAAGACAUCAAGAUCAACGUGAUUGAACGAUUGGUGCCGGCAGAGCUCGAGCGUCAUCUCGUUCUCAAUCGAGAUCGCUUCAAGACGUUCGAGUCCAUGCUGUCCGAGAUCCAGUCCUAUGUGGAACAUGCCACCGGCAACAAGAUCAAGGUGGUGAAUAGCCAGCCCUACGACGCACAUGGCCGUGGGGACGAUCCUAUGGAUGUCGGAAGCUUUGGAAAAGAUGCGAAGGGAAAAGGUAAGGGCAAGAAGGGAGCUGGAGGAAAACCUGGAAAGGGAAAUGCAACAGCUGAGAAGAGAACAUGUCACAACUGCGGACGCCCAGGACAUCUGCGGGCAGAUUGCUGGGCACCUGGAGGCCCCAAACAUAAGGGGACGGGUGGCAAAGGCAACAGCAAUCAGAAUAAGGACAAGGGCAAGGGCAAAGGCAGCCCCGGAAAGCACAAGCAGAAGCCCAAAGGAGGCAAAUCUGUGAACAAUGUCGAACAAGGUGAACCAGAAGCAGAAGACUGGGACGCAGCUGAUGGCGACGAUGGUCAACAAGCAGCAAAUGGUUUAACGCUCUAUGGCGUUGAUGGGCCACCACAUGACGAGGAUGACGACGAAAGUUUCCAGGUCGAUCCCGAGUCCGAGGAGUCGGAAGCCUCGACAAGUCGCAGAAGGUGGUUUUCUUUGCCUCACCCACGUGCGUCAUGGCCUGAAGAGUGGGACGACCCCGACUAUGAUGGACCGAGUGGAUCGAGUGGCUCAAGACCCCUUCGGUCGCUUCGACUGGAGGAGGUCACCGAGCACGAGACCACUACAUCCAAGUCCGCGUCUUCCAAGGCACCUCGAACGCCACAGGGAAGACCCAAGAGGGGCAGAAGUCCAAAGAGCUCAACACCAAAGAGAGGCAAAGCAAGCAGAUCAGGGCCAGUCACUCCGGAGUCAGCACUCCGACGCUUUCGAAUGACUUCGAUGACACCACCACCAAGGAGAAGGUUGAGGCAUGGGCCACAGACUCCAGAAGAACUUCUUCGUAGCUCUACACCUUUGCCAAAGACCCCACCGACACCUAUAGCAUGGCCUGCAUCACCUCCACAACAGCCGAUAGCCUCGCCCAAGACUCCACCAGGACCACCACCAGGAUGGCAAAGCCAAGUAGCUUCACCCAAGACUCCGCCAUGUCCACCACCGGGAUGGCAAAGCUCUCAGGUGAAGCCACCACCACCUGUCAAGGCAUCAUCGGCAGCUUCGACUUCAGGUUCUCGACUUGUCCAGAUGCUGAAGGCUGCGCUGAGUUCACAAAUCCGCAAAGUCCAAGAAGAAGAUCCUGGUUCAGGAGAUGGCCAGGCAGAUGCGAUGUUAGCGGCUUUGAGGACUAGAUCUGUCAAGGCACCGCACAUCACAAAGCAGAACAUCAGCGAUCCUUCUUUCCACGACUCGAGAUACCAUGCCGAGAUUGCCAAAGGUGUUGCACACAAUGUGGCCUGGAGAAAUGAACGUUUGAGAAGACGUGCAAUCGUCCACCGACGAGGAGGAGUCAAGGCACGUGCGGCUGAAAGGAUUCGACUUGACAAAGAAUGGCAUGAACGCUUUGACAACCCAGAAAAUCCAGAAGGCAUAGUGAGAAUCGAGGAUGAAGACAACUUGGAUGCGGGCAUCGAGACGGUGGUUGUGGGCAAAGCUGGUCAGAGCACAGUGAUAGAGUUUUCAAUGGAAGAGCGGAAAACUUUGAGGCAGUUCCCGGACGACGAGGCCAAGUUGCUGCGGAAGGAUCCCAAGAAGAAACCCAUGACCAAGCGUGUUCGAAGCGUUGGGUACAGGGUGAAGAAGAAUCGCAACCGCAAUGUGGCGCGCAAGAUGGCGAGGAAGAACCGACCAGCCUUGGUUCUGAAGGAAAACACUGAAGUGGAUGCAGAUGAAGAUGAUGAUGAAAUGGAAGAAGUCUACAUCGAAGAGCCCGAUGAGCCUCGAGACCGACCAGGCAGAGGAGACCCCGAUGGUGGAGCUGGAUCGGCUCCUGCUGCAGUCUACAGCUUGGGGGCCUCUGACGACUGGCGAAAAUGGGAACGAGCAGAGUUGAACAUCGACACCGGUGCUGCCAUCACUGCAGUACCACUUGACUUCGCCAAGGACUACCCGAGGAGCGAGUCCAAUGGAGCAAGCUACAAGGCAGCCAAUGCGGAACCCAUCGAAGAUCAGGGAAGUGUGAAGCUGGUGGGAUACGACGAAUCUGGCAACAAGAUCCCAAUCGAUUGCCGAGUUGCAGAUGUGCAUCGGCCACUUCUUUCAGGUUCCGAGAUCGCCAAGAACUACCACAUCGCCCUUGGACCAUCUUCGGGGAGAUUGAUCCCAAGAAACACUCCUGCGGGACGGGCCUAUUCGAAGGCCAUGAAAGAUCUGAUCCGAGAUUAUGGCGAUUCAAUGCCCAUUGUGCACAAUCGCCGAGGAGUAAGACCACAAAUCAACGCUGUUGGCGAGGAUCCAGCUGUUUCAGCCGGAGCCGAUGCCAUGGAAGAUGGAGGCGAUGUUUCAGCCGCUUCGGCCGGAGCAGGGUCCUCAGGAGAUGUUCCAGCUGCUUCAGCCGGAGCAGAUGCCUUUGAAGAUGAAGUUGAUUUGGAAAUCGGUGAAGAACAGAGGAAAGCCAUUGUGAAGAAAGAACCACAUCAACCAUCCCAAGCUGAAGUUGACGAACAUGAAAGCACUGGACAUGUUGUCCAUCGGAGCUGGUGCUUGCACUGCAAAAGGGCACGUGUGACUGCUGAUCGCCAUGUGCCUAAGGAACUUGAUGAGCCAGAAACGCAGUUGCCCACACUGAGCCUGGACUACUUCUAUAUGAACCAGGACCAGGUUGCGGAUGAGGCGACCCUUCCGAGCAUUGUGGUGAAGUGCCACAAGACCAAGAGAUUUUGGGCGAGCGUUCUCCCGGGAAAAGGGGCGGAUGCGUUCGCAAUCGCGCCGAGGGCCAAUCGUGGGGGCAAGAGAAAUGACCUUGCUCCAAGGGUAUCCAUUGGGAUGUACGUUGGAACUGGAAACAGAAAUUCAGACGUCUUUGUCAUGACGGAACGUGGAAUCAUGAAGGGGAACUCGAUCCAUCGACGCCCACCUGACGAUCAGUUCAAACAUGAUCAGUUUGACUCGCUACGUGGCCUUCCUUGGAGGUUGCAAGAACGAGAACAUGGUGGACUGAGGAUCGCCCUUCCCGAUGUUGCAGCGCCUCGUGAAAGGCCUGCAGUGCAAGAAGUGAUCCCAAGGAACCUCUAUGUCACCAAGAAUGACUUGGAAAAGCAUGGGCACACACCUUUGUGUCCUGGAUGUGAAGCAGCAAUACUUGAGAUGCCAAGCCGAGCUCACAAUGCUGAGUGCAGACAAAGAAUCCAGAUCGAACUUGACAAGACUCCAGAAGGUCAAGAAAGGAUCAAAAGAGCGAGAGAGAGAGUUGCACAAGGCAGGCGCCCAAGAGGCGCGGCUGCACCGCCUGAGGGUGGUGGGGCAGAAGGUGGUGAAGCUGCACCACCAGUUGUCCCAGGAGGGGAAGUUGAACAACCAGUCUUGCAAGACCGUGUUCCUUUGGAUGCGGAAAUGGAUGCAAGUGAGGCUGUUGGUGAACCACUGGUCGACACCGAUUUUCGUGGAGAACUCAGACAGAGAGAACAAGAAAGAGAAGGAAGCCCAAAGAGGCAGAAACAAGAACAAUCCCGAGGAGAGAAAAGGAGUUCACAAGUCGACGUUGAAGAUCUUUACAAUGAAUCUUCAGCUCAGGCUUCAGGGUCAGCCGGACCACCGGCACCGGAUGCUUCAUCUGGUGUUCCGGAAGGUGCUGCCGCUGCACCAACAAGUCCUGAGACAAACCAGGAGAUGCUACAUCUGUGUUCCUUGCUCAAAGAUGUGAUCGCAAAAGGGAAGGUUGCUGAGAUCUUCUCUCCACCGCGUGUGGCUGCACAAGCCCAAGUGGUCGGGCUAGCACCUGGCUUCUCGAUUGACUUGGAGACAAAGCGUGGUGAUGGAACUCACUGGGACUUGAGUAAAGAUGAACACAUUCGUGAUCUGUUUCAACUGCUUGACUAUGAGAAACCAGAGUUCCUCGGCGGCUCACCUCCCUGUGGGCCAUUCUCGAAGCUGCAAAGCAUUGUGGAUGCGAAGGGCAAUGUUUCACCUGAAGUUCGAGCGCAGAGACUAAAAGAUGGUCGCAAACAUCUGCGCACGGCAGUUUCAGCGUAUGAGCAUCAAAUGAAUGCUGGAAGGUACUUCUACCAUGAGCACCCUAAAGGGGCCGCUUCGUGGGAAGAGAGAGCUGUGAAGAGACUGAGGGCAGAUGAACGGGUGUAUGAAGAGGAGUUUUGGAAGCAGCUGCCCGACAGCGAUGACACCAUCGUGGAGCCAGUGCUUGACGCACACUCCGGUGCUGUCUUGGAUGUUGACAAGGUCAGAGCCUCGAGCACUCUUCAGAGCACGAUCAGCUUGAGUUCCAGUGAAGCGGAAUACUACUCGAUCGUUCGAGGAGUUUCCAUCGGAAUGUCGCUACAGGAGAUCUUGCGAGGAGGGGUGACGGGAUAUAGGGUUCUCACUAGUUGCUACGCCAACCUUUGGCUCAAGAACACCGAAGAACCAGCCAGUGGCUAUCCCGGCUAUCCCUCCAAGGUGAAGGGUGCCGAUUGGCUCCUUGAAGAAUCUGAGGCGAAAGAAGCAUUGGCAAAGACCAAGAAAGAGGUAUCAGUUCCAAUCCCAAGUGAUGGGAGAAGUCAAGUGAUGGAACCAGCUCCAGAUUCUUCACCUUCACCCACUUCCCCUGCAAAGGAAACAAAAGCUCAAGAAAUUUCAGCGGCUUCACCGGCUUCUUCACCUUCACCAAAGGCGCUGCAGCAUGGUUUUGCUCCAGCCUAUGGGAGUAUUUGGAAUCAGAACAGUUGGCAUUGGGAGGAGAAGAAUUGCAUGGACUUGGCCACUUCUGAGGUUCGAAAGACUUUGGAAGAAAAUCCCUUUUGGAAACACGUGCCCGAACUGGAAGGCCAUGGCUUUGUGAUCAAAGAUCUUCAACUCAAAGGCGAUGCCAGUUUCGCACUGCGUAAAAAGAAGCGUCUCCUUUGCUACGAGCUCUCCGCAUCCUUCAAGUGGGAAGGUCGUGAUGAGUUUGGGCAUGCACUGGGCGUCAAAGGUACGGCCCAGGUGGAUGGCAUGACCCCUGAAGAUGAAGAGGACCGCGGGAAAGCCUUGAAGAUUUGA